AUGGAUGGUAUCAACAUAGGUUUGUGCCCAGGUCUGGACACGGGCGUACCUGUGCCAUUAGGAGGCUCGCCAGCAUCAGCUAAUAGCUCUGAUAUUUAUCUUUACGAUGACUCUUCGAUGUCCGAUGGCAGCCUCUACGCAAGUGAUCAGGAAAAUCUAUCCACGCCACGGAAAAGGUUGGACUGUCGACGUCUCCACAAGCGUCGGUCGCGCUGUCCUCAGCAGCAAAUACAACAGCGACAGGCAGCUAACCUCCGCGAGCGCAGACGAAUGCAGUCUAUAAACGACGCCUUCGAGGGUCUCCGAGCUCACAUUCCCACUCUACCAUACGAGAAACGCCUCUCCAAAGUUGACACUCUAAAGCUUGCUAUCGGCUACAUAAGUUUCUUGGGAGAAUUGGUACGAACUGAUCGCAGUAUUUCAGACACCAUGCUGUGUGGGGUCGGCAAUGUUCAGAAUAAGGAAGAACAGAAAAAGGUGAUCAUCAGAGGCAGCAAUUUUCAAGCCCAUUCAUUGUCUUGGUCUCGUCGUGGAGAGAGACCAACGGCUGGAACACUGCACGCUAAAAUUUGGGUGCCCGAAGAUCCUAAGAUGUUCUGCAAGUCGAACAACAUUAUUGAGAAGAAAGAAUCGAAUUAA